AUGUUGGUCGCCUCGCGCUUGAAGACGGCGGCCGCGCUGUGCGCGCUGCUGGCCCCCGCGGCACCGCAGCCGGCGGACGUCACGCCCGCUCCCGAGGCGCCCACCGAGGCACCUACGGAGGCGUCAACGCCCGCCCCGACGGCGGACCCCGGUCCGCAGGACACGCCCGACCAGCCCGACUACGAGUGGUACUGGAAGCACGGCGAGGCGUCCAUGUUCUCGCAGGACAGCGGCGUGUUCAAGACGUUCAAGCCCAACGACACGGACCAGACGUGCUCCCAGGAUACGCACGCCACGCCCUUCAACAAGCAGGUGCGCGGCGUGAACCUCGGCGGCUGGCUCGUGCUGGAGCCGUGGAUCACCCCCACGCUCUUCUACCAGUUCCUCAACACCCAGCAGCGCUUCGGAGACCAAGCCCCCGAGAAGACGGCGAUGGACAUGCACACGUUCUGUACGGCGCUCGGUAAGGAGGAGGCCAACCGCCAGCUGCGUAUCCACUAUGACAACUGGGUCUCGGAGAAGGACAUCGCUGCCCUGGCCGAUGCAGGCAUCAACUCAAUGCGUGUGCCCGUGGGUGACUGGAUGUUCAACCCGUACGAGCCCUACAGCGGCUGCACUGACGGCGCCGUAGAGGCUUUGGACCGCGUGGCGGACCUCGCGAUCAAGUACGACAUCGAGAUCCUGCUGGACAUCCACGGCCUCAUUGGCUCGCAGAAUGGCUUCGACAACAGUGGCAAGGCCUCGUCCGUCAAGUGGACGUCCAUUGCCAGCACGCAGCCCGUGGGCACCACCACGUUCGAGCACUGGCCUAUCCGUCAGGCAGAAUGGGCUGGCACCUUUGAUGUCGACGCUCACAACUACUCGAGCAUCAACUACGCCAACCUGAACCACUCCAUUGUGGCUGUGGAGGCUAUCAUCAACCGCUACAAGGGCCACAAUGCCAUCAUCGGCCUCGAACCGGUGAAUGAGCCUUGGGAGCUCACCCCCAUUGAAGUGCUGAAGGAGUACUACUGGAAGUCGUACAAGCGCGUGAAGGCGCUUGCACCUACCUGGAAGUUCAUCAUCCACGACUCGUUCCGCUUCGGUCUGUCGUUCUGGGCUGACUUCCUCAAGGGUUGCCCCGAUAUCGCUCUCGACACGCACAUCUACCAGGCCUGGAACCCGCCUGGAACCAUGGCGGACUUCUUCUCCAACGCCUGCCAGCAGAAGUACGUUAUCUCCGACAUGGAGAACGCUAUGAUGCCUGUCAUUGUUGGUGAGUGGUCGAUUGGCACGGACAACUGCGCUAUGUGGCUGAAUGGUUUCAACGACAACCUGCCCGGAUUCCCGAAGGUGCAGUGCACCAUGGUAGACUGCCCGAUCAACAGCACGUAUCUCGGCGAGGGCUUCCCCGGUACCCCUCUUGACAAGACCAAGCCGAUCCAGGGGCCGUAUGGUACUGGUAUGUCUGGUCCGUCGUUCGGCAAGUGCCCCGUUACCAGCCAGGACUCGUUCGGCCAAGAGGACGACGCCGCUUUGACCAGGUCCCUGACCCUGAAGAAGCUGAACGGUUUCGCAGUGGGCCACGGCUGGUACUUCUGGAACUUCAAGACGGAGUUCGCCACGAAGUGGAGCUUCUUGGACCUGGUGCGUCUGGGUGCGUUCCCCAAGAACGUGUCGGACUACCACGAGAGCGAGGGCGUGGAGAGGGCCUGCAUGAAGGAAGAUCGCGGUGAGUUCGUGUGCCGUGCCAAGCGCGGUGUUCAGGAGUUCGAGCUCAAGAGUGGCCUUGCGUUUGCCUGCAACUUCCCGGACAUCGACUGCUCGGACAUCAAGAAGCGCUUCCUCACCCUGGAGGAGCAGUGCGACUGGGCCUUCAACCAGUACUGGCACCUCAACCGCGAGAAGGGCGCGACCUGCGAUUUCGGUGGUGCUGCUCACCUGCUGAACAAGCCGGGCCACCUGCUCGUGUCGGUGGCCAAGUGGAGCAUCGCGGCCAUCAUGGGCUUCGUUGCCCUGGCUUUCGCGGCGGUUGCUGCUGCGAUCUUCGCUGUCGUGCGCUGGCGCCAGAACCGCAUGCGCCGCCAAUACUCGCCGAUUGGCAGCCGCGUGUAAGUAGAUCAACUUACCGCUCAUCUGCAUCUGUUGCCCGAUUCAUUUCGGUAGGUAGAAGGAUUGAGCGACAACAGUAUCGGAGGAAGAAGCGUAGCGUGUGGGAACGCGUGUGGUCUGUGGCACAACACCGAUCUAAUACAAUUUAAUUGUUGCUACGACAGCGAGCUUG